GUUUUUGCUUUCUGUAUUCAUUCUCCCAUCAACUCUCAUAGUAACGGUGCAUUAUAAUAGUUUUCCCUGUUUAUUUCAAUUGUAGUUCGCGUUUUCCUUUGUUAAAUACUCGGAAAAUCUGGCUCAAUUUGCGGGAAUCAAACUAAUUCCAAAAUUCCAUCGGAAAAAUUGUUUCGUUUCCAAGUUAGAUAAAUUCCAUCUUGAGUUUAUUUUCGGGUUUUAUUGUAUGUACCAUAAAAGUUAUACUUAAAAGAAAAAGCUCGUUGAAUCGGUAGGUUGUAUUGAGUUUCUUUUAUAAUAUUCAUUAUUUUCUUGCCAGAAAAGUUAGUUCAAGAUGCCUGACAUAGCAGGAACGAAUGGCUACAUAUUAUCCAAUGAAAUUACAAAAAAUGGAAAAAAUUGGACUCCAAACGUAGGAUUUUAUCAGCAGCUUAGAGGCAUUAGCGUGGUUAGUGGAAAUAUCAGAGAUUUGUCUCCCAAGAUAAAAUCGUUCGUGGAACAAAAUAUUGACUUAUGCCAUCCGGAAAGGAUACAUAUUUGCGAUGGAACAGAAAAGGAAAAUAACCAGCUCAUUCAACUCAUGCAACAGCAGGGAACCAUUGUUCCGUUACCUAAGUAUCAAAAUUGUUGGUUGGCACGUACCAAUCCUGCUGACACUGCACGAGUUGAAUCAAAAACCUUCAUUUGUACUGACGAACGCUCAGAAACUAUUCCAACUCCAAAAAAUGGAAUCAAAGGCACCCUUGGAAACUGGAUGUCGCCGAAGCAAAUGGACGAAGCAAUUAAGGAAAGAUUUAUAGGUUGUAUGAGAGGUCGUACUAUGUACAUUGUACCUUUUUCUAUGGGUCCAAUCACUUCUCCUUUAUCAAAGAUUGGAAUUGAAUUGACUGAUUCGCCGUAUGUUGUUGCUUCUAUGAGGAUCAUGACAAGAAUGGGUGCUCCAGUUUUACAAAAACUUCAAAAAGAUGAUUUUGUGAAGUGUCUUCACUCUGUGGGUGCUCCAGCCAGUGGAUUUAUCGAGAAUCCCAGCUGGCCUUGUGAUCCAGAGAGAACCAUUAUCCUGCACAAACCUCAAAACAACGAAAUUGUCUCUUACGGCAGUGGAUAUGGAGGAAAUUCGCUACUAGGCAAAAAAUGUUUUGCUUUGAGGAUUGGGUCAACUAUUGCCAAAAGGGAGGGAUGGUUAGCUGAACACAUGCUGAUUUUGGGAAUCACAAACCCCCAAGGUGAAAAGAAGUAUAUUGCUGCUGCUUUCCCAUCAGCCUGUGGAAAAACAAAUUUAGCCAUGAUGACUCCAAGCCUGCCUGGAUACAAAGUAGAAUGUGUCGGUGACGAUAUUGCGUGGAUGCGAUUUGAUAAAAAUGGACAACUAAGAGCUAUUAAUCCUGAGAAUGGGUUCUUUGGAGUUGCACCAGGAACAUCAACAAAAAGUAAUCCUAUAGCAAUGAACACAGUGUAUAAAAACACUAUAUUCACUAACGUAGCGUCAACAAGUGAUGGUGGUGUGUUCUGGGAAGGCAUGGAAGAUGAGAUACAACCAGGAGUGGCAAUUACUGAUUGGAAAGGUCAAAAAUGGACCAAAGAUAGUUCUACUCCGGCUGCUCAUCCAAAUUCAAGGUUCUGUACUCCAGCAAGUCAGUGUCCUAUUAUUGACCCAGAAUGGGAAGCUCCUGAAGGUGUCCCAAUUUCCGCCAUCUUAUUUGGAGGAAGAAGGCCAGUUGGAGUGCCUUUAGUUUAUGAAGCUCGAGACUGGCAACAUGGGGUAUUCAUUGGUGCUGCUAUGAGAUCUGAAUCAACUGCUGCAGCAGAACACAAGGGUAAAGUAAUAAUGCACGAUCCCUUUGCAAUGCGACCCUUUUUUGGAUACAACUUUGGCCACUAUUUAAAACAUUGGCUUUCUAUGGAAACUCGUUCGUCAAAUCUUCCGAAAAUUUUCCACGUAAACUGGUUUAGGAAAGGCACAGAAGGAAAAUUCCUCUGGCCAGGUUUUGGAGAGAAUUCCAGAGUUUUAGACUGGAUUUUAAGAAGACUGGACUAUGAAGACUGUGGUGUUGAUACACCAAUUGGUAUCAUUCCAAGGAAAGAUUCGGUUUAA